UCAAAUAACUAAAGACAUGAAGUCCCUGCGAUUCCUUGCUGCUGAGGGCUUCAUUCAGGCUGGUGCGAGAGUUCUGGAAAACCUCACCUAUGUGUCUUUUAACCUCUACCCGCUUCUCUUCAAGGCCUGCUACCUCCACGAGCAGGCUGAGGUGCUGCAUGCUUUGGUCCAGAUGUGGCCUCUUCCUGAACUCAACCUACAAAGACUUCUGGGAAAGACAGCCGACUGUCAGUUAGACCUCACAUCUCGCACCUGCCGGCUUUGUCUGGAAGCAAUUCUCACCGGCCUAAAGGAUUACGUGCUGUCUCCCCCGAGGACAUAUGCCAAGAGCCUUCACACAGUGGACCUGACUGCCCUUAAGGACAUUGAGCAUCAGGCUUGCCCUUGUAAAUCCACCCUGGGUCGAUGGGCAAGAACCCAGCUCCUGACAAAACUGUGCUACGAGACCAUGGUGGCCAUGCAAGAUAAGGACGUGUCCCAGUCUGCCUUUGAAACAUCUGUUGACGUCCGUCUGAACGGCUUCGUCACAGGCCGCAACUACGAGCUCGUAGCUCAGGCCUUCCUGCUCCUCCGUUACUGUCCCCUGAAGCUUCGCUUUGUUAGUUUUAGGGCAGAUUCUCUCACUCUCAAGCAGCUGUUCUAUGUUCUUCGCCUAGCAGAGCCAGAGUCCAUCACAAAGCUGGAGGUGGUGCACAAUAUCCCUCUAGAGGCCUCACACCUGGAGGUGCUGCUGUCCAGGGUGGAAUUCCCCAAAUUACAGUCUCUGACUCUUCCAGCCAGCGCCCUGGAUGUCAGGAGGCUCGGCUCUGAUGACGAGGAUCUGCUGGCCACCAUUGGCAACCUGCUGGCACGGCUGAGCAGCCUCACUGAGCUCUAUGUUGGUUUUUCUACUCUCACUGGACACCUACGGAGACUGCUCAAUCCUCUCAACACACCUCUACUAUGCUUGGAGUUGGCCAACUGCUGCCUGAACCGUGUGGACAUGACCUACCUGGCCAACAGUCUCCACAGUGAGACCCUGGUUCACCUUGACAUCAGUGGACACAACCUCUUUGACUCUUUCUCCACCCCUGUACACAAAUUGCUUAGCAGGAGUUCGGGAACAAUGGCGAGAUUGGCUCUCGAGGAAUGCAACAUAAAGGACGAGCACAUGGACGCCUUCACUAACGCUCUGGCUUGCUGUCAGCAACUGGAGGAGCUCAGACUUAUGGGAAACCCUCUGACCUCUGUUGCUCUGCUUAGGUUAUUCUCCACUCUAUCUGCAGGGUUUCCCAAGUUAAGGUACAUAGAGGCACCUGUGCCCCGUGAAUGUUACGCAGACGAUGUCACGUAUCCUCUGGAUGAUUCGGUCUUGCUGCGUUACAACAGGGAGCUGUUUCAGGAGAUCAGGAUACAGCUGAUGGCCGUCCUGGAAAGAGCAGGGAGAAACGGGGUGGAAGUGUGCACCCCCAUCAUGGGGGCCUACGAUCCAGACAUCAAUGAAACCAGUAAUGAGCUGGGGGUGUCCAUGCUGAAAUCUUUUAACGCCGUCAUUGGCACUUUUAUAGGUACGAUAACUGAUGCGGACAACAGGAGAUCCCAGACUUGGAAAGAUGAUUGAUUUUUACUGUGACUAGUCCUGAGCUCAAAGUCUGCUGCUUCAUUCAAGCCCAACACUGUGAAAAUAAAUCUAGUUUACUGGAUCCAACUAUAGUUAAUACAGGAAUUAUGUUAGUGUCAACAAAUGCUGUUUUCUUCCAGGACUUCCUUAUACAAACUAAACAGAUGUGCAGUGCAGAUAGCUACUAUAUUGGUUAUUGGUGAGAUGUUUUAUUAGCUGUAUAUACAGUG